AUGGACCGGAACUCGCCGGCGUACACCGGCAUCGCCUUCGCCGCCGCCCUCGCCCUUGCCGCCGCCUUCGUCAUCGCAUUCUACCUCGUCCGCCGCCGAAAUCAGCGUCGUGAUCUGCGCGAGCAGAUCAGAGAAGAUUACGAGUUGGAGGCCUUCUCCGCCGAUUUGACCCGGCUCUGA